AUGGAGUCCCUUCAAAUUCUUACUCUCUCUGGCUGCUCAAAACUGAAGAAGUUUCCAGAGGUCCAAGGGAAUAUGGAACAUCUACCAAAUCUUUCUUUAGAAGGGACUGCUAUAAAAGGAUUGCCCUUGUCCAUUGAAAAUCUCACUGGACUUGCUUUGUUAAAUCUGAAAGAGUGCAAAAGCCUUGAGUCACUACCCAGAAGCAUUUUUAAGUUGAAGUCCCUGAAAACUCUCAUUCUUUCAAACUGCACAAGACUCAAGAAGCUUCCAGAGAUCCAGGAAAACAUGGAGAGUUUGAUGGAGCUUUUUCUAGAUGGGAGUGGUAUAAUAGAACUGCCUUCCUCAAUUGGGUGUCUAAAUGGGCUUGUUUUUUUGAAUCUGAAGAAUUGUAAAAAACUUGCAAGUCUUCCGCAAAGCUUUUGUGAGUUGACAUCUCUUGGGACUCUUACUCUCUGUGGUUGCUCAGAGCUGAAGGAAUUGCCAGAUGACUUGGGGAGCCUACAAUGUUUAGCAGAGCUGAAUGCAGAUGGAAGUGGUAUACAAGAGGUUCCACCCUCUAUUACUCUUUUGACAAACCUUCAAAAAUUAUCAUUAGCAGGAUGUAAGGGAGGGGAUUCCAAGUCAAGGAAUAUGGUCUUCUCUUUCCACUCAUCACCAACAGAAGAAUUGCGACUGCCUUCUUUCUCGGGUUUAUACUCCUUGAGAGUGUUAAUUCUACAACGUUGCAACCUAUCGGAAGGAGCAUUGCCCAGUGAUCUUGGGUCCUUACCCUCAUUGGAAAGGUUAGAUCUGAGCAGGAACAGUUUCAUUACCAUACCUUCUAGCCUCAGUGGACUUUCUCGGCUGCGAAGUCUCACAUUAGAAUACUGCAAGAGUCUUCAAUCAUUGCCAGAGCUUCCAUCAAGUGUUGAAAGUUUAAAUGCCCAUAGUUGCACAUCCCUGGAAACCUUCUCAUGUUCAUCAAGUGCAUACACAUCCAAGAAGGUCGGGGAUCUCAGAUUUAAUUUCACUAUAUGCUUUAGGCUAGGAGAGAAUCAAGGCAGUGACAUUGUGGGAACUAUAUUAGAGGGAAUCCAGCUUAUGUCAUCAAUACCAAAAUUUCUGGUGCCAUGGGGGAUCCCUACUCCAGACAAUGAACAUAAUGCUUUGGUUCCUGGAAGUAGAAUUCCAGAGUGGUUCAGGCAUCAGAGUGUAGGGUGUUCUGUAAAUAUAGAGCUGCCUCCACAUUGGUAUAAUACCAAGUUGAUGGGAUUGGCUUUUUGUGCUGCUCUCAAUUUCAAGGGUGCUAUGGAUGGGUACCCCGGUACAGAACCUUCACCCUUUGGUUUAGUUUGUUAUCUGAAUGAUUGUUAUGUGGAGACUGGCCUGCACUCAUUGUAUACUCCACCUGAAGGAUCCAGAUUUAUUGAGUCAGAUCACACGUUGUUUGAGUAUAAAUCUCUUGCUCGACUAGAGAUCUGCCUCGGUAAUUGGUUCAGAAAGCUAAGCGACAAUGUGGUUGCUUCAUUUGCAUUGACGGGCUCAGAUGGUGAGGUGAAAAAGUGUGGGAUUCGUCUAGUAUACGAGGAAGACGAGAAAGAUGGCGGAUGCAGCUUUCCUUUCGGCACCACGUGGCCGGGAGAUGGAGAUGGCGAUGGAGAUGACUCUAACUACAAAAAAGGUCAUCUGAUGGACCCUUCGGCUCCUUCAAAAUCGGGUUCCUUCUUUCCCCUCCAUCACCUAUGCUCCCCCUAUUUCAAUGAAGAGUUUAAAGGUGGUUCGAGUUGAAGAAGCUCUUGUUCAAUCUCUGUCAUACCUCCUGAUUUGAGGUAAUCACUUCCUUUUUAAUCAUGGACUGGUCUUCUUCGUGGAUGAGGAAAAGCUUUUCUCUUAGAAAAAGCAAUGGCCCCCACCCCAUUCUUGUCUUUCUCUCUUUUGUGUCUCCCACUUUUCCUUUUUCCAUUUGACUUUUUUUAUUUAAAUUAUGUUUAGCCCCGGACUCACUAUUAAAUGCUUUGAAGCUAAGCAA